AAACACUGAGGUGAAAAGAGCUACUCAAUACACAUGCAUGUUGCUUAGCUAUUUGUUAGAGCAUAAGGCUGAUAAAGAGAAGCUGGUAAUGAAACUCAAGCAGUUGGAAUCUAGCAUGAGCUCUGGCCGUAAAAUGUUCAGACUGGGCAACACGGUACACGCCUUGGUAGCAGCCAAGAGAACUACACAGUUGCCAGAUGUGGUUCCUCGCUUCUGCCUUACUACUUCCAACCUGACCCGUGCACUGUACUUCGUCUGCGACACAGUCUUGUGGUUGAGGAGUGUUGGUCUCCAACCUGACAUCGAUAAUCAGAAGUGGCGGAACUGGGCUACCAAGUGUUACUACUUUUCACUGCUGAUGAAUAUAGCCAGAGAUUGGUAUGAGAUCUCCUGGAGGUUGGAGCAAGCUAUACAGAAAGGAAAGACAAAAGAAAAUGCUUCCUGGGACAAAGAAGAUCACAAGCUAAACUGCUUGAAAUGUGAUAGCUUGCCAUCUUUUCUACUCCUGCUGUUUCAGAUAUUGAAAAGACAUCCUCCUUUGCUGCUAGACCUGGUGAAGAAUCUGUGUGAUCUCUCUAGUCCUUUGGAUGCAUUAGGAAUCUACAAGACCAAUCCAGGAGUCCUGGGUUUCUGUGGCCUCAUCUCCUCUCUGGUGGGGAUCCUUACGUUAGCAAGCCCACAUCUGAAACUGAAGCAGUGAUGCAAAAGGAGCUGCGUAGUGUGCAAUGAACCAACAGUUUUGAUUCUCUGUCAGGUUUUCUUUCCGUAUGGCACUUUAAAAAUGAAGAUGUCUCACACUAACCUCAAGAUGAGGUUUGCCCUUUGAAUAAGUGAAUUCUACCCCUUUUCCUUCCCUGUAUCUUUGCAGAUGAGUUGGGUGCUAUGACACACUCCCUGAUGGGGUAGAAAUGGGAGAAGACAGAAUAGUAUUUCAGAAACAGGCUUUGGAACGUGGCUGCUAGAGGAACGUGGCUGCUAGAUAAGGAAAUAUUGAUGUUCCUAUACUUUAAUCUAGGGUUGUGAAAUAGCAGCAUAGACAACUGUAAUAGAUAUAUGACUCAUAACUAAUCAUGUUUACACUGGAAAGGUAGAAUUCACCAAUCAAAGGUUCCUACAGUCAAAUUUUUUAGUUUAUUCAGGCAAGUUAGGAACUGUGAUUAAAAUGGCCUGAAGUAAAGUGUGAGCCCUCUGAUUGGUUUGAAUUGAUGGAUCCUGUCAUCCGUAGGCAGUGGUUUGAAUCCAGUGUGAUAGUAACUGAAAAGUGAUAUUAACUAACUGACCUUUCAGUGCUCUUUGUGUAACAUGCGUGGGUGCUACUGGAUCCAUAGUCUAGUGAGUGCCAGUUCAUGCCCCAGGAAACCAGCACCUUCUUCUUUUUCCUUUGGCAAUGUGAGCCAAGGAUUGUUUGCUGCAGACUCUGAAUUCUCCAGCGGGCCAUUGGUGAGGGUUUUGGUGAAGGACAGCAUGUGGGAGAAGCUUAUCUCAGUGCUGAUAAUCCUGUGAUUUGUAGGGAACUGGGUUUCCAAAGCUGUGAAUCUGGAACCACUGGCUAGCCCUGAAUUUCCCCUUAUGCACACAUCUUAGUUCCCUAGCCCCUGUGAUUCCAAGUGCAACUACUUUCCAUUAAUCCCUGUGUGCUAGGUAGCCUGAUUUGUUGUUUUCAUUUUCCUUGAAAAAUUCCAGCAUAAUAAGGAGCUUUGGAACCUGCAGUUAAGGAGAAAAGCCUGUCUUGGCGCUUGUGAGUUGGAAGGACUGCAAGGGUGUGUUUCUGGUUGUGUAAGCUCCCGAAGGGAAGGGAGCAGAGCUGGACUUGAUAACAUCAGAAUCUCCUGUGAGAAGAGAAGCUUAUUAUCUGGAUUUGGGCAUUCAAGUUUCAAAUAUUCCUACCUGAUCUUCUCUAUCCUUCCCUGUCAUGGCCACGAGAUUUCUUGUGUGUUUGCUCACUGUUUGAAUGGGCUCUACCAUUUGAAGAGGUCUUACCUUUUCCCUGCAGCUGCAUCGUUACUCAUCACUUACCUAGCUGGGAAUGAUUGCCUGGCAGUGUGUUCUAGGUUAAAGGAGAAAUGCUGUGUACAGUUGUCUUAACAGUUGCAUGACAUGUGCAGUCCUUGUUUUCCUGACUUUGCAGCGUACCAGGUCCAACACCAUCUGAGAAAUAUUUGCUCAGCCUAUAGGAGACAAAAUUAUCACAUUUCUUCAUCAGAGCUAGGCCUGUGUGUUCUGCUGCUUUCUGAUGCAAGGACUCCUUGUUUGAUCUGUCAGGAGAUAUGAACAGAGAUUACUCUAACCAGAACCAAGGUACUCUCUUACUAUUUCUGACUCUGGCCUCCUUUAAUUUCUGUUUACAGACAGUCUCCUUUAUUAAAAGGAGAAGGCUGUAGAAUUUAGUAAACAUGGUAAUACAUGCGUGCUCCAAUUUACCUUAAAUCGUUUUGCUCGUGCUUGGAAUUGCUUCCACUUUGAAUGUGAAGUGUUAGCCAGCCAAUAAAGUGUUUGAAAAAAGAGCUUGCUGGGCAGGAUAAUUAAGUGUGCUUGAAGACCAAAUGUGGCCUGCAGCAGCUCUUCUUUUUAAUAUGGAAAUGAAUACCAUUAAAAGUAGAGUGUGCUGUCUGUUCAGACCGUGGUGGAGCGUUAUGUGAUGGGCUGUGUUGUCUUCAAGGGCUUCCUCUCCUUUUUAACAACAGAAUUUUUUUUCUUUACUCCAUUUGCCUUUGAGCUCCUGACGAUGUGUGGACCAUCCCUCCCUCGGUCAGAGUUUGACCAUUAUCCCAGUGUGCAGUAACUGCUGCGAAGGGAGUAAGAGGAGUCUUGAUGAUCUAGCAAGGGAGGUUUGGCCACCCUCUGCCUACAGAGUUUUAUCUUCUUGCAAGAAGCUGUGCUAUGAAUUUUCUACAGGGGAGCUCUCGCAUACAAAAUGUAUCUUUCAUUGAUUUGCCAACUGAUUUUUCUUUUUCCCUUGUAGAUAAAGGGAAAUGGAUUAAAAUAUUAAUGUGGCCCCUAGCUAGAUACUCCUUCUUGUGCCCCAUGGAGGGAAACUGUGCUUUGUUUCCUUUGGGUUGGACAAACACUGUGCAAAGCCACGAGCCGACCUUUGAUGUUUCUCUUGUAGAGACUGGGGUUAGCAAUUACGGACUUAAUUUUGGAGAUGGGGCAGUGAAUUUUCAGCCUCUCUCAGCCUGACUGAAUCAUUCUACAUUACACAUGUCGGAACAUACAAAAGUAGCUCUUUUUGCUGGGUGUUAAGCACUAAUACUUGCCUUUCUGCUCCCCAGCUGGAGGCUAGAAAUGUAAUGUACCUUAAUGUAAUGUGACUGAAGCCAUAGGAUCACAAUCAAAUGGAGAGAAUCCUUUUAGUGCCUUUUCUUUGUAUCUCCUUCUAAUACAACAGUUGGAAUAACGAUGGCUGUUUGAGUACAGGCAAUAAAGUUAGAUGGGUAUGGCA